UUAAGCAACUUCCUGCUUCAGCUAGAUUUUUGAAGAAGCUGACAAAGUUAUCAUUUGGUGGAUACAACAAAGUUUUCUACUCAACUGAUCUACCAUCUAAAUCUUGGUUUUCAAGAUUUUCAUCGUGGCUUUCUCCACAAAGCUGUUCGAGCUCCAUAGAUAUGCUACCAGCUUCUUUCAUUAGUUUCAGCUCAUUGAAAGAACUAAAUCUAAGUUAUUCUGGUUUGUCUGAAGCUACAAGUUCCAUUGAUCUUGGGAGUUUGUGCUUUCUUGAAAAUUUGAAUUUGUCUGGACAUGAAUUCUUCAAUCUGCCUUCUAGCAUUAGCCGCCUUUCUAAGCUUCAAUUUUUGACGGUUGAGAGAUGCUCGAAUCUUCUAUCAAUCUCAGAGCUUCCAUCAAGUGUCCUGUUCUUGUCUAUCAAUGACUGCACAUCCAUUGAAAGAGUAAGCGCACCUCUUCAACACGAAAGACUACCAUUACUGGAUGUAAAAGGGUGCGGAAAUUUAAUAGAGAUUCAGGGCAUUGAAUGUGCGGGCAAUAACUGGUCCAUUUUGAACUUAAAUGACUGCAACAAUUUAUCUGAAAACUAUAAGAUGAGUUUUAUUCAGGGAUUGUGCAGAGGUAAACAUUAUGACAUUUGCCUUGCUGGUGGAGAGAUACCAGAAUGGUUCAGCCAUCGUGGAGAAGGGUCAUCAUUAUCAUUUCGUUUACCCUCAGUUUCAGUUGCAGAUGGUAAUAAACUCCAAGCACUGCUUCUUUGGGUUGUCUCGGCGUCUUCAGCACUAAAGACUACCAAUGAAGCCACUGAUCAAGAAACAUCAUUUCUUCAGUUUGAUAUGUGUGUUGCUACAUUCAAAAAUAAGAGCAAUGGUAUUGAAUUGUUUGAGACGAUGGCGGCAGUUACGUUUGACAGAAAUUCCACUAAGCAUUCUUGGAUACAGCGUAUAUCGUUGAUCGGGUCAGAGGAAUCGCUGCAAGGUGUAGAGGAAUUGGAAGUGAAUGUCAAAAUAAGCUUCUAUGAUGUUCCAAUAUGUCGGGUAGAAAAAUGUGGGGCACAUUUGAUAAUGGAAAAGAAUAAAGCAGAUUCAGAUCAGGAGAUUGAUAUUGAUGCUCUAGGCUCUGAUGAUCAGCUGUUGGAAAGUAGUUUGACAAGAGAGUUGCAGAAAUGGAAAAUCACCUGUUGCAGUAAAUUUGGAUAGCAUAAAACAUAGAAUAUGUUUUUUUUUGUUUUUUUUUUCCAUGUUUUUGGAUCACAGGGUGCUGGAUCUGUGGUAUUGUUUUCUUGGCAUUUCGGACUGAUAAAUGAGUGACACACAAACUUGCAAAGUCUAAUUCACUUGAGGACAAUGGAACUGUAUAUUGGCAGCUGUGCUUGCUUCGGAUCGUGAUGAAUGAAUGUAGAUAAUCCCUAAAAUUAUCUAAGUAAUUUAAUUAUGUACAAACCAAUAUUUUAAAUUACUUGAAA